UCCUGUGCGGAUCUGAGAACGAGCCGAGGUCGCAAUAUCCAGUCGCAACGCCGUCGUCGGAAUAGUGGCUUUUCGCGCGCGAAAAGAAGCUUACGCGAGUUACGUUGUGAACAUAAAUCUUUUUGUGGUGAGUUUCCAGCAGCAGCAUCCGGAGGAAAAGUUGCCAAUAGCCGAUUUACGGCCGCGUGUUUACGGGGUUAUCACCGUUGGAUUGAGAGUGGAGUGAAACUUUGUUCGGCGCGACAACGAGUAAGUGAGUGAGCCGUUUGAAAGGAUUACUACGUGGUUAAGCAACUGGUGGAUUUGUUUGGAGGCGGUUUCUGUUUCGGAUUAUUCUCAUCUCCAGAACGAACGAUAAGUGCUCCCUGAGGCGCGCUAAUUGGACUCUGUCUCCUCGCUGAGAACGAAAGAAACAAAAAAAAAACAAAACGCCUGCACAGAAAGAUAAAUCCAAACACGUGCAUGGCUAACACCCGACCUCAUUUGGUGGAGUGAAGGAAAAAAACAGUUCACCUGAGUGACACAAUGUUGCAACGAUUCGGAGCAAUUCUGUUCGUACUGUGCGAGAUGAUCGCUAAUAUCAGUGCUAACUACGAGUUGCCAGAUAAGUCCCAGAUCCUUCGCUCUAAUCGGCUUCCGGCGGGACUCGAAGAUGCAACCUACCCGCAGACAUCAAGAAUGACGGCAUCUGUCACCGUAAACGAGGACCUGACAUCUGGACAGGGCAUUGGGUCACAGUCGCACCCAAUCGAAGACUCACUGGCGUUAAUCAAUGCCAGUGGUCUGUGGAGCAAAUACAUCUCCCUCUCGGGCUAUAACGGGGCCCCCGUCGAAGAAGCGUUCCGGGAUCGAAUAAAUCCGUUCUGGUUGCAAUUCGACCCACCAUCCGCGACCGCCCACUACAUCCUGGGCGUGAUUUACUUCAUCAUGAUGCUGUUCGGGCUGUGCGGUAAUCUACUGGUCAUCCUGAUGUUCAUCAAAUUCAAGACCCUCCGGACGCCAGCCAACUAUUUGGUCAUCAACUUGGCUAUAUCCGACUUCGUCAUCAUGCUGGAAGCACCUCUCUUCGUGUACAACAGUUUCCACCAGGGCCCUGCCAUCGGAAAUACAUGGUGCACAGUCUACGCGCUGCUAGGAGCCUACGGUGGAACCCUAGCCAUCGUUACCCUGACUAUGAUCUCGAUCGACCGAUACAACGUGGUUGUCUACCCGCUGAACCCGAACCGGUCGACCACCCGACUAAAGGUGAUGGUGAUGAUCGUUUUCAGCUGGAUCUACUCGUUCAUCUUUGCGGCGAUUCCCGCGUUCGACGUAGGCCUUAGCCGGUACACUCCGGAGGGAUUCCUGACGGCGUGCAGCUUCGACUAUUUGGACCGCUCCUGGAAUGCCCGCGUGUUUAUGUUCUUGUACUUCAUCUUCGCCUGGGUAGUGCCGUUCCUCGCGAUCACCUACUGCUACGUAGCGAUCCUUCGAGUUGUCAUCGGAGCGAACAGCAUCCAAUCGAGCAAAAACAAGAACAAGACUGAAAUCAAACUGGCCGGAGUGGUGAUCGGCAUCAUCGGGCUGUGGUUUAUCGCAUGGACCCCGUAUGCUGUUGUUUCCAUGCUGGGCGUGUUCGGAUACGAGAGUGCACUGACUCCCCUCGGGUCGAUGAUCCCCGCCAUCCUGGCCAAGACUGCAGCCUGUAUCGAUCCGUACUUCUACGCCAUGAACCAUCCUCGCUACCGGCAGGAGCUGCGCAAAAUGUUCUGCAGAGGACAGCAGGACAUGGGCAAUUCGCAGUAUCAGACCUCCCGUUACAACCGGAACGCCUCCCGAAUGGGUGAUUCCGAGGUGAGCGAACGGGUAACGAUUGGGCCCAAAUCAGGUAAGGAUGACGAACAGGAAGCGUCGGCACCUGCACCGGCCUAUAGCGUAAACCUGGCCGCUAACCGUAAAGGUGGACUUCAACGGGCUCAAUCUUCUAUUUCAGCGGCCGACGAUACGUCACUGUCCGUUUCAAUCGAUCUGACCGAGAGCAAGACCACCGGCCACCACUAGGACCGGCCAUCCGUCCGGCCACAUCUACAAUCGAUUCACGAAACGUCCACGGACGAAGACAUCUCCGCUCUCUAGGGGGAGGGGAAAGGGACCAAUCAGGAAUUAUGUGAAGAAGUGCCUUCUUGUGAUAAUAUUUUAAUAUACGAUAGAGACUUGUUAGGGUUGUGAGCUAACCUAUUUCGAGUACGAUAAGCGCUAACGCUCUGGAUGCGCGUACUGUUGUUAUAAAAUUCUAUAACUGACGCCAAUUCCUACUGAUCCCCCACUCAUUACUUCUCAUUCCAGAUUAAUUUACCCCACCAUCUUCUAAUUGAAUCAGUGCAUUGCACACGAUUGUUUCAACUGUGAUUCAUUAUCGUCUCACGAUGCUUAGUUUUUCACGCGAAACGAUCGAAAACGGAUGAAAGUACAACCCAGUUUGUUGACGGAUAAUUGGAUUUUCAGCGAACGCUGUUUACAUCUUAAUUACCCGAGAUUAGUGAAAAUUAGCGCUUCUUUGGGUUUGCCUUUCCGCGGAAAUUGGUAAAAUAAACAGCAGAAGCAGACCGCCUCCCAGCUGCACCUCGGGGUUUGCAACCAAUUUGUACGCGUUUCUUUUUCUGUAGAAUGAAGGUCUAUUACUCUACAAAAAGAACAAGAUGAAAAACCUGACCUAAUGAUAAAACUGGUGAACUUUUCCUCGAACUCCUCCCAUAAGCCUCUUCACAGUAUCCGGGUAAACUUUUCAGCUUGCAGAUGACCACAUUUUCAUGAACUCAUCGAUUGACUGUGCUGUGCUCUACCAUUCUUCUGAAGGUAAUAAUUGCCCAAUCAAGUUCAAUCGAACGUAGUUCUGGAUAAUUUGGUGGAUUUUUAGCUUUUUCGACGAUUUUGAUCUUGUAUUUAUCCAGCAGUUUGAGGGUGGCAGCAGCGUAUUGAGCGGAUACAAUCAGGCCAGAAAGUCGGUGGGGUUCUGUGUUGAGUCUGGUUGUGUCUAGUUCGCAAUAAGUUUCAUCAACUGCGAUGCAACAAUUUCAUCGCUUUUCCAGGAUCGUAUCCAACCUCUGGCAUCGCUCCUUUGCCCGUUCAUGCUGUUCCACAGUUCGUUUCAGUGUCUUCUGUUAGUUGUAGAUUCUGAUGUUGGUCCUUUGUUUGAUAUUUCGGACGGUUCCGACGCUAACCUUGAGUUUUUUGGUAAUUUUCCGUACAGAGUCAGAUUUAUCGGCUUUUUCACAAGUUUUGCAAUAUUUCUACAGGAUAAUCCCUUGGAACUGUGUUUUUGAAUAACCAUAAAACAGUUAUCUUGAUCAAUGCGUGCCAUUUUGCGAAAUUAAACUGUUUUGGCACCAAAUCCAAAACCCCAGCACAACGUCAACAAAAUUAACUACAUGAUGAAUGAAGAUUUUGAAGAAAUUUGGGUUAAACGUUGAAGUUUUAUCGUCAAAGUUGUCCGUUUUAUAAAAUGAACAUUCCUUAGGUUCCGAGUUUGUGAAAUAUUAUAAAAUCCGCAUUUGCACCAUUCCUUGUUUGCAACAAUUAACUGUGGAUUGCGCUUCCGAUAAUCAGUCCUAAACAAAUAAGGGAAAUUAGGGUAAAACUGACACCCUAAGAAUUUUCCCAUAUUUCCGAGUCCUCUCAUGAUUCUUCGACUUCCAAUAAUUACAGAACCUCUCUUAAACUCAACAUGAACCAUUCUACAGCAUUUAUUGAGUAAAACUCCAAUAUUGAUGUAGUGCAAAAAAGUAUGUUUAUACACUCUGUCUUCUAUAAGACCACCCUGAUUCUAUUUCGUUGCAACACAAACAGUUAUAAUUUUAACAAGAUACAUUCAUGCAUUGUUGAAUGCUUAGAAUAAAGUAUAUUUAACGUCAAUUUCGUUCAAAAGAGUUGUUUGUUUAUUUAUUGUGUUCAAAUAUGAUAAUUUCAGUUGUCCAGUUUCUAUAAGACCAUUCAAAAUUCACAAGUAUUAUCAAUGAAAAUGAAAAUUCAAUUGUGUGAAAAUUCAAUGAAAUUGUGCUCCCGUGGCCGAGUGGUUAGCGUCAUAACUAACAUGCCGGGUGUUCGGGUUCGAUUCCCGUUCUGGUCGGGGGAAUUUUUUGUCAAAGAAAUUUCCUCCGACUUGCACUGUGAUCACGCGUAUUCUAGAGCUUGCCACUCAGAAUGCAUUCAAGGCGUGUUAUUUGGCAUAGAAAUCUCAACUAAGUACUAAUAAAAAUGACGCAAGUAAUACUACGUUGAGACGGCGAAGUUCCUCUAGGAACGUUAGUGCCAUUGAAGAAGAAGAAGAAUCAAUGAAAAUUAUCAAACGAUCGGCUUUUUUACAUGUCAAUAAUUUGCAAACUUGCCACCUGGAAAAUUCGUGUUGGAAUACUAUUAAUCAAAUUCUGCUGAACGGGUAUCUCGAUAUUUUUCCAUGUUUCCGAAAUUGCUUAGUUCCCUUGCUGGUAGUUUCAGAAAAUGUAUGUAAUCCUUGAAUGAUGAGAAAGCUAUCUUGAGCUUUCCGGUUGCACAGAAUCCCGCCCAAAUCGUGCACGAGCCUUCACCAAACUUCCUGGUUGAAAAAUACUGUUCCUUCUUCCGUAUAUCACGUCAGUACCCGUUCAAACCAUCAUGACCAUCCAAAUUGAACUUUUUUUCGUCAGUGAAAAUAACCUAUACAUUGAAGAACUUUUCGUUAUGGUAUAUAGAAAAAUGUAUUACUUUGGAAACAUUCUUUGUCACAACAUACCUUGUCCCACUGUCGGUUCAUGUGAGCUCCGCAAAACUCAGACGUCUUCCGAUGUAAGAUGGUGUAAGAUGAGGAGCUUUAACCUUUUAAACCCCUUUUUUUGUGAGGAUUUUUUGUCAAAACUUGACAAAUUGUCACCCGAGUAACAUUUAAAUUGAAAUAUUGCUUCAUUUGCAUAAGCGAUUUUGAGGUAUUCGAAGCUGUCCUAGCUAUUUCCCGCUUGAUUUCAUCAUCAUCUCCCGGUAAGAGAGUUUCGAUUUACGUGGAGUUCUCUCCUACCUUGAGGAUUCGCCAAAUAAUUGAGCACUACUUAAUGCAAUCGUCCAAUCCGACGAGCAAUUUCUCUGAUACCAACAUUUUCUUGGUUAAAUGCCUCAAUUUAUCUUUCUUCUCUCUCCGUGAGCACUUUUCCCUUCGGCAUUUUCCAGAUUUAUUGAUCAAAACAACUAAAACAACAAAAAAUGUAACUGGUCUUAUAGAAACUUGACACUUGAAAAAUACAACAACAUUCGUUUACGCUCAGUGCUUACACAUACAUAUAUGAAAAUCAAACAGUGUGUAGUAGUCACCGAUACCUACACACUAGAAUAUAAAUUGAAGCAUUGUUUGUUUACAAUGAUACAAAUCAGCAAGAUCAUCACCUGGUCUUAUAGAAGUUGGACAGAGUGUAGAUGGAAUAAAUCGAAGUGCGGGUAAAAUCAACACCCUGUCGGAGUAAACCCGACAGCUUUAGACGAACGAACGAAAGUUAUUAGAAUAAUUUCAAAGCACUAAGAGGCUGUACAUAUUCUAUGUGGACACUUUAAGAGCGAGAAGGAGAAUAGUGGUAAAUGAUAUGUAAUUGGAUUGAAAAAAAUUUGAGUGAUACGCGAUCGGACGGCACUGGGGUAAGUUGGUCGCGUUCCGUUCCUUCGAUACGUACGGUAUUUGUUUUCCAUCGAGAUACACCAACGUCUUCUUGGUGUAAUGGGAAGACGCCUUGUCCGGCCAGAAGACGUAUUUCCCAUCAGAAUGAUGCUCCUCUAAGAACGGAACCAGAAUCCUCUCCAGACACUCCUCCUGGUACACCUACUGGUUGAUGGCAAGUCCGCUCAGCUUGUAAAACCAGGGCUUUGAAAUUCCUUUGUCGGAGAUUGCAAUAUACAGCGUAACUUUCUUCUCAAACUUGUGCUUGCAUUUGUACUUCACCCCGGGGGAUGUGUGGAUUUCACGGUCGCUAUCUGCUCAUCCGUGUACUCUGAGAACCUAGUCUUUUUCAGACAGACGAAGCCCUCCUGCUUGUGGGUUCUGUGGAUGUAGGAAUGGGAGCAGCGAAAUUUUCGGCCGGCGUCACGCAAACUCUUCCGCUCGACGUCCCGGGAUGCCAAGAUCCGGUCAACAGUGCUCACCGGCACAUUUUCGUCUCGAAAGUGGUCUACUGUAAGCUUCUUGCCUUGACUUUCACGCGUUUCCAAGAACUGACAGCACCCGAGCGAAAAAAAAGAGCAACCCGUUUCUAGAGAGCUCAGAGAGUAGUUUUCGCAGUGAGAAAAAAAAUACGCUCUUUACUUUUUUUUUCAGAAAGUUAUUGAAAUCAUUCUAAUUUUUUAUUGAAGACCUGUUAGUAUCUCGCAGUCAAAGUUCAGCGAAGAAGUAUGCCUAAAUCUAUUGAUUGUUGCUUCAUUUGAAUGUUUUCGACACAUUUUUUUAAUAGUACCUCGAUUACCUUCAAUUUAAACAACAUUCAAUUGCGCUAAAUCAUUUCAAAAGUAUCAAAGAAAAACUCUUUUCGAUAGACACUCGUUUCUCGGGGGGGUUUUUUUUGCGGGCGAAUGAUUCUAUUGUCAAAUAAUUUUCUUCAGAUGUUAUUUCAUGCGUUUCAUAUGAUUGUAGGUUAUUGAUUCAAUUGUGAUUUUACGAUUACAAGAACUUUUGCUUGAUUAUGCAGUUUUACUAUUUUACAGUCCUUUGAAGUCACCGAAGAAAUGUUUCUAAUUUCAGUAUGAUCAUUAAGGGUGCAAUCCUAAUGUUGGAUGGAAUCAAUCAAAUCUCCACGUCAAAACCAUUAGAAAAGCAGAUAUGUAUUUGUCAUUUGUCGUUAGUUCUCUCGAAUGUUCUCGAAAAGCGAUUUUUAAGGAGUAGUAUUUUGGGCUUAUUAUCAGUUAUCAUAAUGGGAUUAUUACAUUUAUGAUCAAAUAGAUUUCCAUACCCACCAUUUCAUACAGUUGCCAUAGCCUAGCUUUUCCUACAGUCAUCGAUUUCACAUAUUUAUAAACUCAAGAUAUAUUGGUAGGAAGAUGUGUAAUCAAUAUUGCAUAAGUAGAUUUUGGAACAAACUGAAGAACCAUACAAAAAUUUUUUCGGACAAUGUUAAUGGGAAAAAUCAAAGAAUAGAAAACAACCGCUUCUACUAAAAAAAGCUUCAUUAAAUAAUUUUUUUUAUUGAUUUUUUUUUCAAAAAACAUUAUUUGAUUUAAGAUUAUAAUUAGAAUAAAACAAUUACAAUGUUGCAGGCCGUGAAAGUGAAGCAGAGUCGAGAAUUGUCUAGUGAAAUUUUGCCACACAUGUCAUUUUGAUAUUUAAUACAGAAUGGUCGUUGGGAAUUUGUUAAUAAAACCUAUUUUCCUAUUUUUUUGGAACGCGUCCUCUGAAAAUGUUCCAAUAAUGACGGAAAAGGUUUUGUAUUGCGUUGACAACAACAGUCAAGUUGAGAUACUGUAGCUGAACAAAGUACAUUUGAGAAGUUUUCGAAGUUUUAGCUACUUCAUUUUUUGAAUAUAUGAUUUGCGGAAACGAGUGAAUCGAAAGAUUUCUAGUCUGCAUUAACAAAAAAAAAGUAAAUGCUUUUUUCAUGAAAUAUUUUUUUUUCUUGUUUUUUAUCAUCAUAAGAGAAACACCAAAGACCAAUUAGAAUGUUGACUAAUUUGAAAUUGAAUAUUGGCACAAUGCAAUUACUUCCAUUUUUUCAAUUAAAAUAUAUGGAAGAAUAUCCACGUUGACAACAUGGGAGUGGUAUAGUCAAUGCCACGCUUGUCCACGGAGGGGUAGGAAGGAGUCUGAAUUCGUGCUUUUUCUGCACACGUGGUACAUAAAUUCUACAAGCGAAAUUUGACACAGACUGUCUCCUGUAUGCUGAGCGGUUUUGUUUUGUUGUUUGACUUAGAAGCAAAACGGUUUUGUUGUCCGCAGCAUUAGGGUGACUCGAAACGUAAGAAAUGACAAGUAUAUACUAGGGAAAUCGGAAUAUUUGCAAAAUAUUGCAUAUAACUGGAAAAAUCAGGGGCAAUCGGGUUUACCUACAGAGUCAAUUUUAUUCAGAUCUCACCAUCAGAUUAAUUUUUAUUUUCCGUUGAGCAGCGUGGUUUUCAUAUCUAAUUUUUAUUAUUUUCCAUUUAAUGGCAGCAAUUCCAAGAGUAAUUACCCCCAUCGCCACCCGAACAGUGUUUAUUUAUAUAGGCACAGCUCUGAUCCACUUGAAAUAUCGUUAAGGUCGCAUACCACCCAUUUAUCAGAAUUAACCAAUAUUUUCCAACGGGUCGAAAGAAACCCUCAUCAUCAUCUAGCCGAUCGUUUCCGUGAAUUCCGAACUAAUUUCAAAGACAGUUCCUCCCUUUACAUUUUAGCGCUUCUCUGGAAUAAUCUUCUAUUCCAUUCUGUUUGAGAAUCCUAUCCAAUUCGGAAUCAUUUACCUUAAUAUUAAUCAUUUUAUAAAUUAAAUAAACCACAAUCACAUCAUUCUCUCUCACACACCCACCGUCUAGCCGUUAGGCGUCCGUCAAUAUUAGGCGUUAAGUAGAAUACACUGGUGAACCAUCACCAUUCGAUUAGGGUAUUACGUAACGUAGAAAGUCACUCUCAAAUAACUUAGAACUAGCAAAACAAAACCCAGAAAAACGUAAAGCGUAAACGAAAUUCGAAAAAAAAACACAUACUAAACUAAGAGACUUGUUCGAUACCAAAGGUACCAUAGUCGACACAUCGCCAUCACAUGCCCAUUCGGGACUUCGAAGCUGAAAGGAACAAUCCGCGUGCAUUAAUUAAUAAAAAAUAUGAUGAUGGAAUUUUGCAAAGAAUAAACACGGUUUAGAAAUAAAAAUUAUGCAUGAAACUGUUUUCCCCAAGUGGUGAUAAAAUCUCAAAAUGGAAAUAGUAUAUGAGAAAGGUUUCAUGAUGAGUUUAUAGUUUGAUAUUAGGAAAUUUUUUGAAAAAUUAUUGAGUAAGAUUCAGGACUAAGUGUUUCAUGCAUUGAAAGAACAUCGAGUGAUUAUUUUCAUUCAAAAUUUGCUGACUGCAACUACACAGUUUAUAGAUGUCGACACUGUACCUCCGAAGUCCCGAAUAGUCCAGACAUAAACCGCAUUCAUAUUGAAAUCAAUCCCGCCCGAUGGUGAAUAUAAAAUUUGACUUUGACUUUAGAUCUCGCCUGACCACGCCGAAUCUCGCGCGUGGCGGUGUGAGCGGUAACGGUUUCCGUUUUCUCUCGAAUGAAAUUUAGUACCCUUCCCCGGGGACAGCAUUGUUUGUCCAAAGCUAAGUUUCCGCCGACAGAAUUCCACCACACGAAUUUUAUGUUUGUUGUUUUUUGGAAAUUUUCACACCAUUCAGUCGAUAUUAGUCAGUGGAGCAAAACAAUAUUCGAUAUCGCUGUGUAGUAGAGCAUAAGAUAAGAUGUUCAAUUUCCAUUUUCCAGAAUGACCGAUUCGACACCAGCGAAUUGAGCGAAUAGAAACAUAUAUCAAAUAACCUCGAGUGAGCUUAACAGAACAAAUCCAGUAUAUAUUACUAAGAAAGAUUGCAAUAAAUGUUAGUCGUUCAUGCAUUAAUGUGAUAUCAAAUCAAAGUUGGAAGUACCAUUCGAAGAGUUUAAAAUCGGUAUCAACGAGAAGAGUUCAAAUUUUACAACAAAAAGAGGAAACCAACUCCACCGAGAGUUCAGCAAGAGAAAUAAAUACAUAAACCAAUACUGAAUGUAAAACCGGAAACAUGUUAUCAUAGUAUAGAGUUUAACGCGCUCAGGUGAGCUGCAACGAAGAGAAUGAAUCUCAAAAACUAGUCACAGAAUUUAUCACUCCGGCUGUUAUAUGACGAUUGGUUGGAAGAAGACAAAAUAUA